AUGUCAUCACCAGCAGUCAAUAACAUUAUAUAUGGAAAAAGUGCAUUCGAAUAUACGGUGUCAAACGUAUCCACAAUAACGCAAUCAGUGUUCACACCCCCAAUAGCAACCGCUUCUGAUAUGUUUUGGGAAAUGGAAUUCAUACCGUCAUAUGAACACGAUCCCGACCACUGCGCAUUAUUUCUUUCGGCAAUACCUAAUCCGGAAGAAGCUAAAACACUGGAUUGGUCGAUGCGCAGUAUAAUGUCGGCGGUAGUUUUUGUUAAAGAUCCGGAAACUAAUCAGGAGAUAGAGCGGCGAGAUAUUGAUCAUUGUUUUUCGCCAAAAGCACCAAGUUGGGGUUUUUUUCAAUUCUUCAAAAGGUCAGAAAUUCCAGAACAUGACACACUGAUAAUCGGUAUAGAAUUUCAAAAUUCAAAAGUUCCGACUGUCAGUUGUGAACAACCAUUCCCAAAUAGACGAAUUCCUGACGACUUGAUAGACGCAUGGGUUGAACAGGUGGACAACCCAGAGACAUCAGAUAUAAGAUUCAAUUUAAACGGUCACUUUAUCUAUGCGAAUAGUGCAAUCCUUUCCAAGAGAUCCAAAUAUUUCGCCUACAUGCUCGAAGGUGAGUGGUCUCGUCAACGACCUACGAGUCGAGCAUCAAUACGAAGCGAGCAUUCUCUACGGUAUUAUGAUCAGACUUCAUUUUCCACAAGUUCAAAGUUCAAGUACAUGGUAGACGUGAUGGAAUUUCAUCAUGAGACUUUUUUGGAGAUGCUACGGUUUUUAUAUACGGAUCAGGUAACAUUCGAUGAUGAUAAGGAAUGUCAUCGUACGGCGUUUGAUAUGUUUUCUAUCGCAGAUAAAUAUUUUAUUGGGGACUUGAGACAAAGAGCCAAAAUGGAAAUCUUCGAGAAUUUACAUUUAGACAAUGUAGCCGAGGUACUUUUCGGUGAAGCAUGUAAAUGGGGUGACCUAAAAGAAGAUGUUCUAAAAUAUUUUGUAGAAAAUUUUGCGCAAGUUAAAGAAACCGAUGGGUUCAAGAACAUAUUGUUGAAUCCUCGUGAAUACCCAAGGUUUAGUGAGGUUUGGUUAGAGAUUAUGCAGUUGGUAAAAGAAUAA